UGAUCAAGCCUCACCAUGUUUGUUCCUGCUCCUUAUCUACCAGGACUCCAUGGCAUUCCAGCCAGAAGAGCUCCCAUGGUGGAGCAGGCUGUUCAGACCGUGCCUUUGGCUGGGGCGGCCCAGAAAAAGGGAAAGGCUUCUACCCAGCCACAGGGCAAACAGCCUGUUGAGCCAACACAGCACUCUGCCCAGGUUCAGAAGGAGAACGUACCCACCAGUCAGACACCACCUCAGCCAAGUGCAGCCAAGGUUGAAGACCAAGUUGCUGAGAACCAGAAACAAAGGCAAAAACAAGGCAACCGGAGGUCUAGGAACCGAAGUAGAGGCCAACUUCUGGUGAAAAACUCGAAGGCCACCACCUUGCAGUUUGAGUCUGAUUUUGAUUUUGAAACUGCAAAUGCUCAGUUUAAAGAUGAUCUCACAAAGGAUGUUGUGGUCGAAAAGGUGGAUUCCGAGGAUAACCUGGCUGUGCAGGAGGAAGAGGACACUCUAGGAGAAAAGUACUACGACAAAGCCAAAUGCUUCUUUGACAACAUCUCUUCAGACCCUAAGCCCAGGAGAAUCACCUGGGUGGAGGAGAAGAAAAUGAACAUGGAAACAUUUGGAGUUCCAGGCCGCUUACUGAGAGGCAGAGGAUUCAGAGGCCGAGGACGCAGAGGGCAGAGCACCCCUGAGCAGAGACCCCUCCCAAAAAUUGGCAGUGGGAGGGUGUAAAUGCGUUUCGUUUUUCUUUUUGUUAACAUUUUCUGUAAAUAUUGUAGUUUUCUACUUAUUUAAAAAGUACCUCCCUUUUUCCUCCAUUUGAAACUAAGAUUUAUUUUCUUAAUCCCAAAUGAGCAUUCAGGGAAUUUUGUAAUUUAAAGUUUUAUUAUAUGAAAUGGGAGCAAUUUAUUUUUACACAAGCAGCUACAUGCUAGAAGCAACUGUAUUGUUAGGUAGUCUGGUCAAAUGCAAUGUGGAAUUGUCUUUUCAGCAGGCCAGCAGGCAAAUAAUUUGGUUUUUGAUUUCUGUCUACUGACCAAAUGUAACUCCAAAUGUAUUUUUGGAGAACAGCUGUACUUUAUUUUCAUCCCUACUUGUAAAAAGAAAACUGUGGAGGACUUUGUAACAGUUGCUAAUAAAUAACAUAUGAUUAACAGAAUGGAUUUCCUCUCUGAUGUGAAUUGGCAAAAGCAUUCAGUAACAAAAUGUACCCCUUUUUUUUUAUUUCACCCCUCAACAAAAAAAUGUAAAACAU